AUGGCAUACUUUACUCCAAUGCAGAGAGCCCCAGCGCUAGCUCUGCCUAGAAUGGCACCGACAGUCUCAAAAUCUCACAAUUCGAUUUUCUAUCCCCAUGACUUUCACAGAUAUGCUGCGGAUGGGGAUCACUUGUUUUGGUCCGCACAGAACGACGCAAAGCUUUUGCCAAUCCGAUUUUCCCCUGCAGAACCAUCUCAUCAGGUGGCAAAGAUCUGGAAGAAGGUAGCACCGACAAUUGUUGCCUUGUUGGAUAGACAUGAAAUCACCUUUGACGCGAUUGACUGUGUAUGUCGUCGCCAGAGGUAUGCAGACUUGAGCAAUGAUGAUCACACAAUUGUUAUCACAGUGAGAAUUUUGCCAGAAAUCACGCCACGAUUGGUAAAAAUGCUGGACAAAAUCCAUCAUCGAACAGGUGGACUGGCAGUCGAAGUUCGUCAAGGUCGAGUCAGCACUCUCUCUUUUCCUCGUGUCGGCGCUAGUUUUGGCGUCUUCAAAAACAACGAAGCAAAUGGGACAAUUGGAGGCUUUGUCAACCUGAUAAAAAAGAAUGGAGACCUUGUUGCCCAAUGUGCUCUUGUGUCCGAUCAUGUUGUGCGGCCGUAUGUCACCAUCGACGCGGAAGAGAUGCCUCGUCCAGCAGCGGAGAACAUGGGAUCAUACUGCCACCGCAAAAAGCAAGCUAAAAAGCAAAGGCCAAUCUACUGCACGAGCCCAAGCCACCCACGUCGUUCAGAAAUAAUCUCCAACUAUCGAAACGCAAUGGUGCAGCUCGCUGCCGAGAUUCUUGUCUGCAAAAACAGUGCCGCCGAGAUUAUGACACAGGAAGAACUGCGAGAGCUCGAAAAGAAAAAGUCUUCUAUACAGGGAGCAGGCACGAGAGAAAUAAACAAAGGCUGGAUUAUCGGGCGUCUUUUUGCAGCUUCUGGAUACAGACUCUCCCCCCAUAACCGUCGACUCGACUGGGCACUCGUGGAGAUCAGCCAAGGGUUUCCCUCAAGACAUGUGAACAAGGUAGAAAACAGCAACCCGCAAUAUUCACACAUGCACACACGCCGAAUUUUGCAUGCUGAUAGGCCUCGUUCCAAUGUUGGCGUGUACAAACAAGGCUCUGCCACCGCCACAACAACCGGCGUGAUAAACCCGUUCCGGAGUUAUGUUGCCAGCUACGAUGUUGACGGUAAUCGCAUAGUAACGGCCGAAUGGUGUGUCAUCCCAGACGAGGAGUAUGAAAGCUUUGCGCAUAGUGGUGACUCAGGGGCACUCGUGUUGGAGCGUGGCUCGGCAAAUGCAGUGGGCAUGAUAUUUGGCGGACAUUUGGAUGGGGGCCCAGCCUAUGUUACGUCAAUGCCGGCUGUGAUAAGUGAUAUUGAGGAGAUAACCGGAUUGUACAUUCAGCUUCCUGGUGUUAAUUACGAUGCCUAG